GUAGCGACGGCCUCCGAUGAUUCCACGAUCAUCCUGUGGGAUGCCCGAGCUGCCUGCAUCUCUCGAGAGUGGUUCGCACACGAUGAACAGGUCAAGAGUCUUGCAUUCUCACCAGACAGUCGAUACCUCGCGUCAGCAGGUGGCAAAAACGUCGCAAUCUGGGACAAUAGCGGCGGCUUACACCAGGCAGAUGGCACAGGCGAUAAUCCCUCGGCAGCCGCAUUCAGCCGCUCGAGUACACAUCUCGCUGUAGGAUAUGCUGGCGGGAUCAUCCAUAUAUGGGAUAUGGAGAAACGGCAGGAGCCUCUGCGCUGGGAGGCUCACAAGGGUUGGAUCCGCGAUGUGGCUUUUUCCCCUGAUGGUCAGCUGCUGCUCUCAGCCUCGGACGACAGGACAGUGAAAACGUGGGAUGCACACACCGGUUCCAUGCUCAAGGUGUUUCACGGGCACGAGUGGUGGGUGCUCAAGGCAUGCUUCUCCCCGUGCGGGAAGUAUAUUGCCUCUGUAUCUAAUAGAACGGUGAGGGUAUGGAGGACGAGCGAUGGAUCCUGCCUUGCGACGCUCUCCGACCACGGUGACUUCAUCUCGUGCGUUGCAUAUACUCCCGAUGGGACAAUGUUGUGUUCUGCAGCAGACAACGGGACUCGCACGAUACUCGAUCACGCCACUUCCGAAUGUCUUGCAACGUCUGGAAAGCCCGGGCAUGACUCGCAGGUCUCUGCACUUGUUGUCUCCCCAGACGGGCGAUGGGUAGCGACGGCCUCCUGGGAUUCCACGAUAAUCCUGUGGGAUGCCCGAGCUUUCUGCAUAUCGCAAGAGUGGUUUGCCCACCGUGUGGAGGUCCACAGUCUCGCAUUCUCGCCAGACGGUCGAUACCUCGCGUCCGCAGGGGAUGAUGAGAAGGUGGCAAUCUGGGACAUCAGCGGCAGCUCACACCAACUUUUCGCCACCCUUGAAGGUCACACACGUGGCGUCAACGAUGUGGCCUUUUCCCCGAAUGGUCGGCUGCUGCUCUCAGCCUCGAACGACAAGAUAGUGAAGACGUGGGAUGUACGCACUGGUGCCCUGAUACACGUGCUUGAGGGACACAAGAGUUGGGUGCGCAAGGCGUGCUUCUCCCCGUGCGGGAAGUAUAUCGCCUCUGCAUCGUAUGACAAGACGGUGAGGGUGUGGAGGACGAGUGAUGGAUCUUGCCUUGUGACGCUCUCCGACCACGGUGACUCAGUCUGGCACGUUGCAUAUACUCCCGACGGGACAAUGUUGUGGUCUGCGGCAUGGAACGGGACUGUGUUGGGUCGCCGCGUACAGGACUUUAUGCCGGACGAAUCCAAGUUUUGA